CUGCCCUAAGACUAAGACUUGCCGCACUGUAAUUACACACGAGUUCGGGAAACAGGACCAAAGAAAAAGGACGAAGACGAGGACGAGAACCAACAAGUUGCCAACACUGAACUCAGUCCGAUUUCCGGGAAGUGAAAGCAGCAAAACGGCAGCCGUGGAUACCAACGCGCUGCGCAGCUCAGCCACUGUGAAAGUGACCCCCUCGACGGCGACGACGACGACGACGACGCCCCUGACAAUUUGUCAGCCGCCCCCGCCCACUCCGCCCUACCAGCGGCUAACCAAAGCGCUGCAAUGCGAUCCGCGCUGCGGCCACGAGGUAACCAUCGGCCGUCGCAUUGGCCUCUACAGAUUUUGUGGCGACAUCGGACGCGGCAACUUCUCGAAAGUCAAACUCGCAGUGCACCAAUUGACGCGUGACAAAGUGGCCAUUAAGGUGGUGGAUCUGGAUCGGGCCGGACUCGAUGCCAAGGCGCUUCGAAUGCUGUCCAGUGAAAUAGCCACUCUCGAGUGUGUUCAUCAUCCAAACAUAUUGAGGCUUUUCGAGGUGGUCGAGACUUUGGGUAGAGUUUAUCUGGUCACGGAGUGGAUUCGCGGUGGUGAGCUCUAUAACCACAUUACCCAAGGCGGUCCUUUGAGAGAAAUUCAUGCGGCUCCUUUAUUGAAACAGCUUCUGCUGGCCGUCAAACAUAUGCACAGUUUGGGCUAUGUGCAUCGGGACAUCAAGGCGGAAAAUGUGCUGCUCCUCUCAGAAGAUCGCCUCAAGCUGGCCGACUUCGGUUUCAGCACCCAACUUAUCAAUGGUGCCAAUCAAAAGCUCGAUACGUUCUGCGGCUCACCUCCGUACGCGGCGCCCGAGCUCUUCUCCGAUGACCACUACAUCGGUGCUCCGGUGGACGUCUGGGCCCUGGGCAUCCUGCUCUACUUCAUGGUGGUCGGCAACAUGCCCUUCCGGGCACCCACCAUUCCCGGCCUCAAGGCAGCCAUUCUCAAGGGCGACUAUCUGCUGCCCGGCCAGCUCAGUUUGCCCUGCAUAAGACUUAUACAACGCAUAUUGAUCCACAUACCUGCACAGCGGCCCACCAUCGACGACAUGCUGAACAGCCAGUUUGUUACCUGUCCCAAGCUGAGUGCCGAUCUGAUGCAGUGGGAGAUCAACCAGCACAGUAAGCCGGCGAAGCGAUCGAUCUUCUGGGUGCGCAGCAAGUCGCAUCGUUUGAGGAAAUCCGCCUCCCUGCGCGAUCGGUAUGCGGAGGUGGUCAAGAAGCCGGCCAUUAGUAUGAAUACGCGGCAACAGGACGAGAUGUUUGUGCAGAAUUACCUGCAACCCAUUGAGAUGGGCCACGAACUGAUGGUUCAUCACGUAGCGGGAUCAGGAUCGGGUCAGCAGUUGAAGGAGCCGCCGGAGCAGGUGAAAAGGCCAACGAGGCGGUACAUGCUGUGCGGCAGUCUCAAAAAGAAGGUGACGCCCAUGGAAACGGAGCCGGAGAAGCAAUUGGCCAAUGGCACACAGACCAAGAUGAAUCCCUGGAACGUGGAGGUGGCCGAGGAUUGUCCGCUGUUCAAAAACUAUGAUGCGGAGACGGGCAGCUGCAUCAUGUUGCCCACCAGCACCGAGGAUCUCAGCCAACUGGGAGCCUUGGAGUUCGAGGCCAGGCAAAUCCUUGCCGAACUGGGCCUGUCCUCUGAGAUGCUCAUAAAUGCGCGGCAAAGUGGACCCCGUUCCGAUAUCAUUGGAGCCUACAGGAUUGUGGUGAAUCGAUUGCAAAAACAAUCCUGGCUGGCAAGGAAACAUGUGGAAAUGGCGCUGCACAGUGAGCCAAAGGUGGAAAAGCGCAUCGAGAGAUCAUGCUGCAUACUCUAAGGCUCAGCCGUGAAUAGAUGUUGAAUGUUUAUACUACUCUCCUGGUCCUGGUGGUCCUUGGAUUAGCCCGAAAGGAAAGGCAAACUUUGGGUUCUAUGGCAUUUGGCUGGGAAAUAGGGCUUCAUUGGAUGUACCUACUUUGGAAAAGGCUUUUUAGGGAAUUUUUCUGAGAAAUACAAGUUAUUUCCUUAAACCUUCUUUGGAAAAUCAGGAAAACAGAGGUUCUGAGAACUACAAUUCCUUAUUUCUUUGUGAUUUGAUAAUCUGAAUUAAUUUUGCUGAGAAAUAGAGGCUAUUUCGAUAAACCUUCUUUGGAAAAUCAGGAAAUCAGAGGUUCUAAGAAAUACAAUUCCUUAUUAUAUUUGUGAUUUGAUAAUCUAAAUUUAUUUUGCUAAAAAAAAAGGGGUUAUUGCAUUGAACCUUCUUUGGAAACGCUGGAUAGCAGAGGUUCUAAGAACUUUAAGCUUGCAAAUUAUUCAGCAACCAAGAAGCAUAAUUUCUAUUUCGUUGCUACUUGAUAAUUCUAGAUUAACAAAAACUAUCUGGAAUAAUGUUCAUUACCAAAGGCCAUUUUAUUUUAUAUUGUUGGUAAAACAGGAAAUUAGAGUUCUGAGAACGUAAAAGUUUAAGUCUCCAAAAAUUAGUAGUUACAAAAAUUUGAUUGUACAAAAAGCAGCUGAAAUGAUUUUCUCUAUUAUUGGCCAACUUAUUAUUAUCAGCUUCUCAUGCUAAAUUUAUAUUUUUGGCAAAGAAAAGCAGAUGUUCUCAGAGCUGCAGCUGAAGCCUCAUAAAACAAUAAAGAAUAAUUCUAAUUUGGUACUAAUUUAAUUUAACAAAAAGUGUCCUGGAUUAAACUUCUCUUGAACAGCUUCAUUUUCUAGAUUUAUUAUGGAUUUCGCUUAUCCUUGGAAAUAUAAACAAAUAAAUAGAUUUAAAAAUAUUACAAUACCAAAAAAGAUUAGAAACAUUUAGAAUGAUAACAAAUACUAAUUUUUCUGAAUGUUGGAAAGUAAAAAGUAUUUACUAACCUUUUUUUAAACAACUAAUUUUGUUGAAGAGUUAAAUAGGAUAGAAAAUAUAAGCUUCCAAAAGACCUUAACAAAAAUAAUUUAUUUGAGUUGCUAAUUCUGAAGAAGAGUUUGUACUUUAAAGUUUGCCUUUCUGCGGGAAUAAAUUCAGAAGACCACUGGACAAGCCCAAUUAGUGUCAAUUUGUCAGCUGCAUAGACGCGAGUUUGUUGUUAACGUAGAGUGUCCUACAACCUUUCCUUGGUUACUCAUUCGAGAAAGUUCCUUAUUUCGUGUAGCUUGAGUUUGUCCAACCGUUGAGUCCAAAACGCGGAUAGCAAAGUUAAUAUAUAUAGUAUAUACAUAUAUAUAUAUAUAUAGAUAUAUAGAGAUACAUACAUAUAGUCCAAGUAUUAUGUAUUUAGUUGUUGGUCCAUUUUUGAGCAUAUACAGAUGAAUAUACGAAACGAAUAUGAAUAUAUAAA